GAUGCAGAUCCGGCGGGAUUUUCCCGCGAUGCCGCGGGGGCGGCUCACUGGAUCCCAGAGUACACUGCGGGUACGUGCGCGCGCAGCUCUACUCUCCAGCGACCGCGGGAAAAUUCCAAAAACGUCGAAACAAAAAAGCCAGCACGAGGCCACAUAACGUUUUCAACCCGCAGAACCCCGGCAGUGGUUUCCUUUCCGCCGAGGCUCAAACUGCUGAAGCAGCUCUGGGCGAGGACCACCCAGGAAGGAGGCUGUGGAACGAAGCGACAGCGCCGCUUCCUUCAGAAGCUGGCGGACGCGUCGGGUGAGGGCUGGAAGACUCGCGAGAGCGUCCGCCGGGCCAGGCCCCACGCCUCGAGCAAUAAACCUCUGGUGGAACCAAAGGUGGAAAGAGGCAGAAAUAACUUUGGAGCUAAGUCAAGUAGUGACAUAGGCUGCUGUGAAGGGACAUCACUUUCCCUUUGUUGGAGAUGGCUCAGGAUUCUGGAGACUUUGCUUCUGACUAUCAAUUUUGGCUGCAGAAGCUUUCUGUAUGGGAACAGGCCUCUGCUAGAGAAGUCCAGCAGGACACCUGCCUUUACCUGUCCCAGUUCCAGGAGUUCUUGAGGCAGAUGUAUGAAGUCUUGAAAGAGAUGGAUUCUAAUACAGUCAUGGAAAGGUUCCCUACAAUUGGUCAACUAUUGGCAAAAAUUUGCUGCAAUCCCCUUAUCUUAGCAUAUGAUGAAAGCCAAAAAAUUCUAAUAUGGUGUUUAUGCUGUUUGAUUAACAAAGUACCACAGAACAGUGGAGAAUCAGAACCUAACUUCUGGAUCUGGGGUUUGUUGUCUCAUAUGCUUUCAGCAUUCAGAUAUGAUGUGAAGGAAGUUGGUCUUUUUACUGAAAUUCUUGGAUAUGAGCCUGUUGAUUACUAUCCCAGUUUGCUUAAAAAUAUGGUUUUGUCAUUAGUGUCUGAACUCAGAGAGAGUCAUCUUAAUGGAUUUAACACUCAAAGUCGGAUGACUCCCAAACGAAUGAUGUCUCUGUCGCGGGUUUGUGUCCCACUUGUUACUCUGCCUGAUUUUGAACCCUUGGUGGAGGCUCUACUCACUUACCAUGGACAUGAACCUCAGGAAGUCCUCUGGCCUGAAUUCUUUGAAGCUGUAAAUGAGGCCUUUUUGCUGAAAAAGAUUGUUCUCCCUGCUUCAUCUGUGGUUAGCCUUUGGCUUCGACAUCUUCCCAGCCUUGAGAGAGCAACCCUUCAUCUUUUUGAAAAGCUGCUCUCCAGAGAGAGAUGGUGCCUGUGCCUGCGAAGGAUAGAGUGCUGCAUAAAGGACUCAUUACUGCCUCAAGCAGCCUGCCACCCUGCCAUCUUCAGAAUUGUUGACGAAAUGUUCAGGUUUGCCCUCCUGGAGACUGAUGGAGCCCCCCAAGUACUAGCUGUCCUUCAGGUGUUCACACGGUGCUUUGUAGAAGCUCUGGAAAAAGAAAACAAGCAGCCAAAGUUUACCUUCAAGACCUACUUUCCUUAUGCCUCUCCAUCCCUCACUGCAGUGCUGUCACAGCACCCUGAAGCUAUCCCACAUGGACACCGGCUCCAGCCUUUGCUGUAUACUUCCCAGCUGCUCAGAGAAGCAGUUGAAGAAGAGACGCCUGAGUCUCAUCGCAGUUCCUUUGAGAGCUGGUUUUUGUUUGUUCACUUUGGAGGAUGGGUGGAUAUGGUGAUGAAGCAGUUGCUGAGGUCAGAACCUGAGCCUCCUACAGCCCUGCUGUGGCUCUUGGCGUUUUACUACAGUCCACGGGAUGAGAGUCAGCAGAGAGCGCAGACUGUGGUGGAGCUGAGGGCAGUAUUCAACCGCCUCAUGAUACUGUUAAGAAGUGACCCCCUCUCAGCCAUGGAUCUUCAGGCAGAGGCUGGUGAGAGCCCCAGCACAGACCCCACAGCCCCUGUGUGUGGACAGCUGGUCAGACGCCUCUUCCUCAACUUCCUGCUCUGGGCCCCAGAAGGUCACAAGAUUGCUGAGGAAGCUGUCACCCGUAAGGAAAAGAAGCAAGGAACGAAGCAAGCAAGUCGUGGUCUCCAAUACGCAAAGCUGCUCCUUGAUGUUAAACAAUGCCGAGAGGACAGGCUGCGCCAUCUGUCACUUUAACAAGAGACACCUGCAGUUGUGUUCCCUGUCCUGUGAUCAGCACUGUGGGACUUCUAGUGCUUACUCCCAGACUUAUGCCCUAGCAUUGGAAUGCAAUCUUCUAAGAAAAUAAGGGGUUCUUUGUGCCGGAACCAUGUACCCGGACAUGUGCCCUGAGGACCUGGGCUUUGUGAGUCUUGCAUUUGGAGUCUGUGGUCUGAGAUCCCUCUGUCCAUCUCUGCCCAAUCUCUGCACAAUCACUUUCCUGCUCUAAAAAAUGGCCUCCCUUCCUCCAGGUGUGCUGAAACCCCCAUCUCUGCACCUGUCUCUUCCUGGACAUAUUAAAAUGCAAAGCUAUGAUUCCUUUCCAUUAAAUUACCUUUUCCUCUACAACUCAACACAAACACCUCGUUCCUAUCCCCCUAGCGAACACUAGGAUUGAGUCCCACAUGACCUUCAUACCCGUCGCUACCCAAUACCUCAGUGCCAGUCUAGAAGUGAGGAGCAAGGUGAAGUGCUGUUAGCCCCAGAUGGCUUCGUUCCUUCCUGCCUUUCAAACCCUGCCAAGUCCAACUCAGUUUACAGACUACACCUAACCUUCCAGAGUGUUCUGUCAGACCUUGGGCAACCGGUGGGGGGGGGAGACUACCAGUGUGGAAAAGAACUUUUUGGAGCUCCAGAUUCUUGGUACUAUAGUUAGGACCUGACCAGAGGUGGCUGUAGCAUCUUCCCCUGCCAUCUCACAGGCAGGGCAGCUCCUGGGCUCUCAGACAGCAGCAGGCAGGCCCCAAAAAGGGCUUAAAAAAAAAAAAAUGACAGGUGGGAGGAACACAAAGAAGGCUCAAGAAAGUGGAAGCCACAAGCACAUACUCACUUGAUUUUGGGUCCACAUCAAGCUGAGUUUUCUGGGCAUGCAGUUACAGUGCUGUAGUGUGACCAAGCAGAACACAUGGGUCUGGGGUGUUAUCUCCCUGGUGGGUACCCUGCCAGGAAUGACAUGCAAUGGAUAGUCUCCACCUGGGCCACCCAGCUGUCCUGGCUGACCCCCAUUCCUGCCAAUGACUAGGUAAAGUGGCUAAGCAGCCUGAAGACACUGGGUGGGCUCAGGACUCAUGGGAGAGGACUGUCUCUGACAUUCUCGCCUUGGCACCCAUCCUCGUUAAGUCUUUGAAGCCUGAACACUGAUGCAUCUCACAUGACACUGCAACACCUGGUUUGUUUUUAGAGCUGUCUGGAGAAUGGCUUUACUGCCAUUUCAUCACUUGGCUGUAUAUCCCCCAACCCAAGCUUGUACAUACCCUGACAGGCACUGAGUCUCCUUGAGAACAAGGGGCAUGGAGCUCCCUCCCCACCUCAGACUUCAAGAAGGGGCAUUGCAUGGCCUCAGGUGGGUACUGGCACCAAGGCUGAGGUUCUCAGCAGCUUGUACUGCUCUGGGAAACUUUUGGCAGCCUCUUUCCACUCCCAGGCUUAAGGCUGGCUGCCUUUUUACACUGUCUGGUCAUCCGACUGGAACAGAAACGCCUUUCGGUCGAUCAGUCCCCCAGACAGCACCAAAGGGUGGGAAAAGAUCCAUAAAAUGUUGCCCUUGAAUACUCCAGACUGUCUCUCCUCCUCCCACCUUGUAAACCUGGACAGCCUGGCCAGGAGGCAUAGGUUACUGUGGUUAGGGCUGAGGAGUUCAUGCCCCUCCCUGAGACUGCUCUCUGGGACCUUCCCUGGGAGUCCAGGCAGCCAUCAGCAGCCCAGCUCUGAGCCCUUGUUAGGCUAGGGUGGUGCACGAGCUCUCCUGACUUGGAUUUUACAACCACCUUGAUGACUCUUUUGAGGUACAGAGGGUUCCCAAGGUGGCCCAGACUGAAAUGUCACAGGGAGGGAGUGUUCUAAGGACCAGCUAACCACCCAGCUGCUGCAGGCACUUGUCAAGGGCAGCAUGCCUGUACCCUGAGAACGGGUGUGGCAGCUCAGCCACACAAGAGUGGGCCAGCGAAGACCACAGGUCCAGGAAUCGGAGGUUCUGCUUGGGAGAUGUGGCUGGCACAGGCUGUGCUCCUUUCCUCUCGGGGUCUGCUUGGUGGGUGAGCAGAUCCUUGCCUACAUUCCAGCAAGGCCCCUACCUUCUGCCAGGCUGGUGCCAUUCCUCUACUGGCUGGCUCCGUCUAGCAAGGCCAGCUGUGGCAAAGGUGAGACCUAUGGAGAGCAGAGGUCCUGGGCACAGCCUCUCCCCUGCUGCCUGGCCACUCACUGUCCUUGUUUUGUUGAACCUUGAUCAGGAGAAAAAGUUGACAAGUACCCAGUACUUGUCUGAAAUGGACCCUGCAGAACCAUUUCAUUUUGGAGGGAUGACUUAAGUUUAGGGACACCUGCUACUUCUGGUUCCAACACUGGGGGCAUUCUGUAACAUCUCUGUACCCCAAGCAAGAUGUCUUAUAAGGUGUAGAUUACUUCAAUCUUUUGAUGUGAAAUUACAUUAAAAAUAAAUGUUUUUCAAAUCCUCUAAUCCCACAGGAGCGUUGGAGCUGGAGAAGUCAGCCUUCUCUUAGAUUCUUUCCAACCCCACCCUUUACUUCCUGCCUGGGUCCACCCAGAAUUCCCAGUGCUUCUCCUUUGGCUGUUGUCCAAAGCCUCACAGCCAGGGUGGUGGAAACCACCACCGACCAUGGGCUCUCAGAGCAGACGGCUCCUGCUCCUUCCAGGGGCUCAGCCUCUCCACAAGCCAGGUGUGGUGGGGGCAAUGGUUGCCUUUCUAGACCAGGUUUGGGAUGUGUAUAGAGGGACAGCAUCCUCCCCACGUGGAGGACUCUGG